UGGCGGCCCCGCGUCGACUUCUUCCGCAUCGAGGGCAGCGUCGCGGCCGCGGAGCGGCAGAAGAUGGUCGAGGCCUUCGAGGCCGACGGCGCGCGCGCGCGCGUCUUCCUCCUGAGCACCAAGGCGGGCAACAUGGGCAUCAACCUCGUCGCCGCGAACCGCGUCGUCCUCUUCGACGCGUGCUGGAACCCGGCCAUCGACCGCCAGGCCCUCUUCCGCUGCUUCCGCUACGGCCAGACGAAGCACGUCUACAUCUAUCGACUC